AUGGGUACAGAUUUUUGUUCUGCACCUGCUACAUCUGUUGAUGCAGAGCGUGCAUUCUCUGUUGGAAGGAGGCAAAUUAAUUUCAUGCAACACAACACCUCUUCUGACACAUUCAGAGCUCAGAUGGCAGUUGGAUCUUGGGAUGGAACUCCCCUUUUCUCUAAUAUUAAGGAUGCUAUUGGAAUUAUUGAAGCACGGAGGCGUGGAACAGAUUAA